AUGUCGCAUCUCGGCCAAUCUUUAACCAAGGUCAUUAGACGAUGGCCCCAGGACCCAUUGCAAUCGCCUACUCAGCUCAAGUCUGUGCUCGAGGUUCUCGCUAAUUCACCCGGGCUUACCCCACGAGCUGUAGGCGCAGCUCAGGCAUUGUGCGAGGACGCUGCCAAGAAACAGUAUCCUCUUUCCGAGAAAAUGCUCCGUCCCCGUUCGUCUGUUCAACACUACGAGAGACUCGUCCAAAACGUGCACAAAUCCGCUAAAGGCAUCGAGCGUAGUUGGUGGCAGCGAUUCUUUAAUACAGGAUAA